AUGGCAUCAACUAUUGAGCCUUCAAGACAGCUUCUGCAUUCUUCUAUAACUCUACCAGCAACACUGAAGGAACGCUCACUGCUUGCGCUGGACGCUGGUAUAGCAAGUACUUGUCUGGCUAGUUUUGACAAGUACGGAAAUCGUAAUGUUUGUUUUGACCAAAAAUCUAAUAUUAAUUGGUCAUCAGUUAUAUCAUAUGUGUCUUCUCUAUAA